AUGAUCUUCGCCGCCCGUCAACUUCAGGAGAAUUGCCAGGAGAUGCAGACUCACCUGUACUCCACCUUCGUGGACCUGAUGAAUGCCUUCGACACGGUGAAUCGGGAAGCACUGUGGAAGAUCAGGCAGAAAUUCGGCCGUCCGGAGCGAUUCGCUCAGAUGGUGCGUCAGCUGCAUGACGGUAUGAUGGCGCGAGUCACGGACAACGGAGCUGUCUCAGAGGCAUUCGCAGUGACCAACGGAGUGAAACAGGGAUGCGUGCUGGCGCCUACCCUCUUCAAUGUCACGUUCUCUGCCAUGCUAAUGGGCGCCUACCGUGAUGAACGCCCCGGGAUCCGCAUCGCCUACGGGACGGAUGGUCACCUUCUCAAUCAACGGCGGAUGCACUUUCAGUCACCUGUAUCCACAACUUCCAUCCAUGAAUUUCUCUUCAUCGAUGACUGCGCACUCAGUGCCACCUACAAGGGGACAUGCGAAGGAGCAUGGGCCUCUUCGCCGACACCUGUAACAAAUUCGAUUCGGUCAUCAAAACGGAGAAGACGAUGA